AAUGGUUGGCGAAAAUGCGAAUUAUUUACGUUUCAGUAGUUCCAUAACCGGAAUAAUAUCUUUUAUAUAUUCUAAAGAAUGUUUUCUACCAUAUGUAACUAAAAAUAAAAGUGAAAUGUACUUUUCAGGACAUAAAAAUUUUUGGAAGUUAACGUGUCAAAUAAUACCCAAUGGCAAGGAUAGGGUUAAAAUAAAUGAGUUACAGAAUACAAAAACCGCGCUAUGACCGUUUGUCCAUAGAGCUCUGUGUACAAUUAAUUUCAGUUCUACAAGUCAUUAAAACUUUUUAUAAAAAGUAGAACCGACUCCAAACUUUAAAUAAGUGAUAAAUUAUACUUUUCUCAAAACCAACUUAUUCAAGAAAUAUACAUCAAAGAGUAAAGUAUACAUAGGUACUUGUUGAACAAGCUGAAAUGGGCCAUGUCAUAACAUAUCAUCUUAUUAUUUAGGUAAUAUCUGUUGGAAAGCGUAAUUUGUUUUGUUAUAAAAGGAAAACUACUUAUUCGAUUUCGAUGAAAUUUCCACCUCGAUCCAUCAAGCUAUCGAAUAAAAAAGAAUUUUGGAAAUCGGUCAACAGUUGAAGAAAAUAUCAGUGAACAUAUAUACAUAAAAAACAUAUAUCGCUGUCGAACAUAUAACCUUUUCGAUUUUGAAGUCGAUUGUAAAUGAGCUAGAAACGUUUGUCAGCAUUGUUGUGUGUUAGCACAAUAUAAUAACAUGUACAAACUUUUAACUUAUUAUACAAACUUAUCAUUAAUGAGUCCUGAGAAAAUUGAAAAAACUUAAGUUUUUGCCAAUUAAUAAACAUUAAAAUAAAACAAAUUAUCUCCAAUAUGAAGAUAACAGACGUUAAGUGGAUAAUAACAGUGCCAUCAAUACAUAUUACGACUUGUUUUUAAAUUACCCGCUGCAGUAUACUUUUCAAUCUUAAACAUUAAAGAUGUUGCUCUUAACAUUGCUACUGUUCUUUAUUUUUAUAUUGAUAUUCGUUUAUUUCAUCACACAUUAUAAUGAGAGUUAUUGGCAAAAACGAGGAGUGAUUUUCGAUAAAGGAAAUGUGAUUGGACCUUUUUCUGAAGUUUUUGGUGGCAAACGGACGUUAUUCGAAACAUUCGGUGAUAUGUACAAGAAAUAUGCUAAUGAACCUGCCGUAGGGUUCAAUUUACUAUUCACGCCUGCGAUAUUUGUGAUCGACCCAAAUAAUGUCCGCUACGUGAUGCAGGGUCAUAUGUUCAUUGAUAGAGGUACCGAUUACCAUAAAGAAGAUUAUCUGGCAGACAACUUACUUUUCAUGAGCAAUUCCCGGUGGAAGCUUAUGAGACAGAAAAUGUCUCCGACAUUUACAACGACAAAGUUGAGAAAUAUGUACUAUGUCAUCGAUAAGAGCUCCCAGGAUUUUAUAGAUUAUUUGCAAAAGAAUCCCAUUAAGAUAGAUAACACGUUGGACACGUUGAGUAUGCUCUGUUGUGCUGCAGUCAUAGGUACAGUAUUCGGUGUUACCAGUGAAUCCUUAUUCGAUUCGCCUUUCUUAGAUGUAGCCAAGAAAGCGUUUUAUCCAAAUUUCAAGAAUAAUUUUAAAUUUUUAAUUUCUAAUGUCUCUUCGGGAAUGUUUAGUGCACUAAAGUUAAAGUUCUUCAAAGAGCACGAGACAUUUUUCUUUGGUGCCAUAAAACAGGUGUUUAGAAAACGGGAACGGGAGGGGGCGAAGAAACAUGAUUUCGUUGAUAUAUGCCUCAAUAUUCAGAAAAAUGGUGUUAUGAAAGAUGAAGAGUCAGGUUUGCAACUGCAACCUACGGACGAGCUAUUGGCGGCGCAAGGCUUCUUUUUCUUUAUAGCUGGCGUAGAGCCUACAGCGACGAGUUUGUUUGGUGCUAUGAUUGAAAUAGGCAGGCAUUCUGAAAUUCAGAAGAGACUUCAUGAAGAGAUAGAUGCAGUUUUUGAAAAAUACAAUAACGUAUUGACUUACGACGCAAUCAUGGAAAUGGAAUAUUUGGAUAAAGUUUUAAAUGAAUCACUUCGCCUCUAUCCUCCAAUUGGUUUCUUGACAAAACGGUGCACAGAAACGACGGUUCUACCUGUGGGAAAUAUCAAAAUUGACAAAGGUACUAAGGUUUACACCCCUAUUCAUGCGUACCAUCAUGAUCCUCGAUAUUUUAAAGACCCCCACGUAUUUAACCCUGAAAGAUUUUCUGACGAAGCGAAGAAAAAUUUCGGUAUAAUCUAUCAGCCAUUUGGAUAUGGGAGCAGGAUAUGCCUCGGUAUGCGAUACGCAAGAUUGCAGGCGAAGAGUGGAUUAGCUCACAUACUUCGAAAUUUUGAUCUCACAACCUGUAUAGGUAAAGGAGGGAUUAAAUUUGUCAAAAACCAGAUACAAGUCCGUAUUGAUAACGUUGAAGUUUUAUACACACCCAGAACAACUAAAUGCACAUUUAAAUAA